ACACAACCGCUUCUUCAUAAUUGUACCAAGAUGGCCGAACCAAUGGCUGAACUCUCCCCGCAGAAGCUUAACGCGCCCGCUCCUACGUAUGCUGAGCCCGACAUGGACACAACAAGCUGGCAUGAUCCGCCAUCAUCGCCUUUCAUCGCACACGUCGACGAUGAGGACCAGGAGAACAUCGCACCCAAUGCUCUUGCGACACCCAAAAAGCUGCUUCCAAGCUUCGAGGACGAUUUUACGCGGUCGGCGUUCAAGGCGUCACCAGAGAAGAAAUUUGGGCUUCAAGAGCGAACCAGCCCAGUCAAGAUGCCGUCCAGGAAGCAGUCGCUGGCUGAAUUCGAAGAGGAUUCCUUGGAAAGCCCGCCGCCUCGCGCGAGUCCAAAGAAGGCUUCGCCUGUGAAGCAAAUGGCAGCGGAGCGCUCCGAACCUACUAUGGGCAGUCGAUCCCGCCGGAGCUCACCCACGAAAGCCUCCCGCAAUCCUUCCGUUGAUUCAGUCCGCAGAGCACCUGUUGGAUACCCAGAAGACGAAAUCGACGAUGCGCCUACCGUCACUCUUAAAACAAGUGAAUUGCGGGAAAAUGAAGGAUUGACUGUUGCCAUGCGCAACAUGGACCAGGCACAGGCGAGCUACGAGCCGACAUCCACACAUCGGAGCCACGAUGAGAUUGUAGGAGACGCUACAUUCGAUGACACUGAGUUCAACCCGGACGGGCCAGAUCUCACAUCGUUGGACAUGGACGAUACUGGAUUUAGCAUGUUCUCAGAGAUGCCAGGCAUUGACAUGACCAAGUUUGCCGCGCUUCGACAGAGUCCUACCAAGAACGGCCUCUUUGAUCCGGCCACACCUCGAGCUCGCGCUCAAAUGACACCUUCCACCGUACAAACCGUCCGGCGCUCUGAAAGGACACCAUCUCCUACACCGCGCCGAUCUCGCAGAGAAAAUGAUACUACCAACCUGCUCCUCGACUUCACAGCACAAUUGGAGGGUUUGUCUGGCCCGACUCGCGGGCCACCCAAAUCAACUACCGAACCAAAUCUGGCCUCAUACUAUCAAAAUCAACGAUCACCAGGCAAAGGAAGCUCAUCACGCGUACCCUCUACGCCAAGUCAAAGUCGACAGCUGAUGGACCUUCUGGACUUCGAACUGCCGCCGCCACCGACACCGCGAUCCAUGCCAACGGUUACUAUCAGAGAGCUGGAAUCGCUGAAGUCAAAUUUCCAGUCUCAGAUCUCUUCGCUCACGGCCAGCUUGUCUGGCAAGGAAGCUCAAGUUGAGUCGUUAGUAAAAGCAAUAUCAGACGCCGAGCACCGUGUCGGCCAAGCUCAAGAGUCCGUCCGAGACGAGCGAUCCGCACGUGAGUAUGCGGAGGCGCAGAUGGAAGACUGGAAGAAGAAAGGCGAGGAGGUGCAAAAUCUACUUCAAGAAGUCCAAGGAGAGGUUGGCCGCAUUGACGCCGAGCGCGAGCAGUUGCUCACCCGCCUUGCUGAAGCUGAGAAGCGUGCUGAAGAGGCAGAGACACGCUCCUCGGAGUUGGAGACUAAAGUCAUCGAAGCGGAGAGCAAGAACGUGGACAUGACCACCUUCCUUGACCCUGACGAGAACGAAAAGAAAAUCUACUCCGAGAUGGAGUGCCAGACCGCGAUUGCGGAGAAGGUCAACGAGGUCGCCCGCGACUUGCACACUGCAUACAAAGCUAAGCAUGAGAAGAAGAUCAAGGCGCUCAAAGACAACUACCAGAAGAAAGCGGAUGAGCGCUGCAAGGAGCUCCGCGUGCAGAUUAUUCGCCUCGAGCGCCGCGUCGAAGAAGCCGAGAAGAAGCGCGACGACACCUUCAGCAAGGUCCUUCCCACGCAGCUCGACGCCGACAAAGACUCGUCUUCCCCUGCCAGCACGUCACGCCCGGAAGACCUCAAGCUCCUUGAAGACCAGAAAUCCGAAAUCGAGCACCUAAAAGCCAAGCUCGCGGGCCUGCAGUCCGAACUCGAGUCCCUCCGCAAAUCGCACGACCACAUACUCCAAGACCUCGAAGCUGAGCGCAUUGAGAAGGGCGAGCUCGUCGCGGCGGCGGAGCAAAUGCUCGCCAUGUGCGGCGAGAAAAUGGAGGAGCUGCAACAAGAGGACUUCAGGAAGAGCGUGCAGAUGGCGGCAGCGCCUCCAGCCCCGGCUCCUGCGCCUCAAGCGGAAACCGCGAACGCGCCGAGCAUGCGGUCAACGGGUUUCCUUGCUGGUGGUGCGGCGCCGCGUCCUGGCUCUGCUCUCGGCGGUGCAGCUGGACGGCCUGGCAGCGCGAUGGGGCAUCAGCGCGGGAAUUCCAACUCUAGUGCGGCUGCAAAGCCGUCGGGUCUCCGGGCACCCGGGGGCUUCGGUUUCAGCGGGGGUUCGUCUGCGCUGAAUCGGAGUACCAGCGGUGGGAGCGGGAAGAGCAGGAUUCUGAGCAAUAUCGAGCGGAUGGGUGGUUCGACGCGCGGAGCUGGGGCGGAGUAGGUAUCUCGUCUGGGCGUGUAUGGGAGCCACUAUAUGAAGAGCAGGAUUCUGCGGGAUAUUGAGAGGAUGGGGAGGUCCUUUUCGCCCGAGUCCGAGCUAGGUCCGUUUGGGUGGGUGGGUGAUUUGAGUAAGGAGUCGGAGCUGCUGGAUGACUGGGACUGGCCGAGGGCUACGGAACGGGAUAGCGAUAGUUUUUAUUGAUGUACAUAACGAACGAGAUGCGGAUGCCUGGGCUGGGCUGGGGUAUGGCGUUAGUGGUCGGUUUCCCUGCUGUGGGUGUGCUGUACAAUAUCCACGGCGAAAGGAGGCUUGCGGCUUGGAUAGCCUGCGCGUUGCUUGUCUUGCUCGUGCUU